AUGGCCGGUUUGGGUACAAGUCUGCAGACUCCAGGUCUACGUCUGGGUACAAGUGGCGAUGAUCUGACGGAAUUUGAAGACACUGGCACCCCCCGAGUAUGGGUGACCAUUCACGCCCGCCUUUCCCGCCAGUCACAUCAUGCCUCCACCCCCUGCCACCGCCAGGCGCUGCCUACCAACGCACAGGCCGUGGACAUCACGUCCCAACUCCACUCGACCUCAGCAACUCGCGGAACCGAGCACAUAGCCCCAGAGAUGUCAACGAGCAUCAAUAUGGCACAAAUGAAUGAAUAUGCACAACGACCGACAAUCAUGUUCAUCGUUAUUUUGUGUGCUGCUCAUGUGGUUACUCUAUGCACGUCCUAG